CGGGUGUUUCCACGUCGGCGCCCAUCAGCUGAACAGUCGUGCAGCCUACUUGUCAUAUCUGCCCUUAUCUUGAGGACUUUUGAUACAACGGACAGUCGAUCAAUUCAACGCCAUGUCUGUUCAUGAAUCACCGUGGCCGUUGUCCUCUAGAGCGAGUCAGAUUUCCACCGACUCGACUUACUUUCAAGACCACAUUUCGGAUCAUGAAGUGCUUACACCGAGUACAACAGCGACCUUUGGCACGACUUCCAUACGUAUAAAUCCAGGGUCGGAACUACCCCAUCAUCCACCCUCUUCAUCAGGGUCUCCCCCACCUAAGCCACGCUCUAGGAAAAACACCAGCACGAGCGCGUCAACUAAAGCCCCAACCGCAGCCCCCCCUCUUCUUUCAUCGUCCAAAGUGAUAAAGUUUACACCUCUUUCUGCUUCCCGGCCUGAAGAAAUAUGGAGGGAGAUUUUGAAGACCGCAUAUGGGCGAGAUAAAGCAUUUAAAAUCAUACAAUAUACUAUGCGGCUCAUUCUGAUGGUUCAUACGCGCACUGCCUUCCUGUUCCGACAGCCGCGCGGAGGAGAAUUAGCACGCAGACUAAACAUUUCGAUUGGUCACCUUUCGAUCACAAGGAAAUGCCUUAUCAUGUUCAACUGGCUGACGCCUCUGACUCAUAUUGUAUCGCCACCCGAGUCCAAUAUCCCAUUCGCCUCGGCCGCAACUAUCACGUCCCCGACUCUUAUGCACCGUUUCCUCCAUGCUCCGCCACCCGUUUUGCUCGAUUUGUUCAACGCAAUUUCCGACGAUGUUUCGACACUCUCCAAACUGGGGCUUCUUGGCGCGAGAAUAGGCCACCGAGCUGGGAGGUUAGCCGAUUGGUUCUGGUUCGCAAGCACCCUUGCUGGACUUGUCGAGGUCGGGGCAGAAAGGGCGAUGGUUAAGGGGAUGUUGCAUGAAUUGCAAGAGCGGAUAUACGACGCUGGAUUAGAGAUGGGAACAGACACUGCCGAAAUUGAAGAGGAUGAAGCGGAACUCAAGAAGCUCAAAGCACAGUAUGGGUGGUUGCAAGUCACCAGGAUGAAGCUCCUGAUGGAUCUUAUUUUUGUUUCCUACGAUGUAUUUAAAUUGCAGAAAGCAAAAGAUUCUGUCAAGACCUACGCAGGACUGGCAUCUGCUCUUCUUAGCACGUGGAAGAUGUAUGACCGACAUCGCAGCGAACUCGACAAAGCAAACGCAUAAACAAGUCGAACGUCAGUACCUGACUAUUCUCUGGUUAUAAUAUUUGGUGAUUUCUUUGCUAUUAUACGAUUCUUCGAGGCCGUUGUGUUCUUGCAUCCCUUUACUCUCGCUUAUUACAGAGACACAUUCAUUCAUGUAGAUAGGAAAUGCAAGCGGGGGACGUUGGACAGGGAGCAUGGCACCUCAACCAUAGAUGUUUCCCUGAAGCAGUCAUGUAUGAGGCCCCAGUCAAGACGGUUGUCCGUAUUGAUGAAUGCACUCCAACAUACGAAAAUCAUUUCGUGUCCCCAUCAUAGCCUUUACGAUGUGCUAAACCAAGUUCAACGUCAGUUUGCACUGAAACUCCACCAUCGCUUCACGUUGAUUGGGGAAGAUGGCGUCGCCUGGGAGGCCGGGGAGGCUUGUGACUGU